CGGGCCUGUGCAGGAUGACGGCGGAGAGACGGGGAGAGAGUGAAGUGGAUCCGGGAUCGAGGGAGGAUCAGGAUCAGGAUCAGUAAUGGACAUCGAUGUCGACUACGAACGACCCAACGUAGAAACAAUUAAAUGUGUGGUUGUUGGAGACAAUGCGGUGGGAAAGACCAGGCUGAUAUGUGCCAGAGCCUGUAAUGCCACCUUAAGCCAGUACCAGCUGCUAGCUACACAUGUGCCCACGGUGUGGGCGAUUGACCAGUAUCGGGUCUGUCAGGAGGUUCUCGAACGGUCGCGAGAUGUCGUUGAUGAAGUUCCAGUUUCACUUCGACUUUGGGAUACUUUUGGGGAUCAUCACAAAGAUCGUCGCUUUGCAUAUGGCAGGUCUGAUGUAGUGGUACUGUGUUUCUCCCUGGCUAACCCGCUCUCCCUCCGCCAUGUGAAGACCAUGUGGUACCCGGAAAUCUGCCAUUUCUGUCCCCGCACCCCGGUUAUUCUGGUUGGCUGCCAGCUGGACCUGCGGUUUACUGACCUCGAUGCAGUCAACAGGGCUCGGAGGCCUCUGGUCAAACCCAUCAAACCCACAGACAUCCUCCCCCCGGAGGAUGGCCAGCAGAUUGCCCAGGAACUUGGUGUGCCUUACUAUGAGACCAGUGUUGUUGCACAGUUUGGGAUCAAAGACGUCUUUGACAAUUCCAUCCGGGCAGCACUCAUUGCAAGACGCCAUCUGCAUUUCUGGAAGUCACACCUGAAGAAAGUCCAAAAGCCUCUGCUUCAAGCUCCUUUUCUCCCUCCAAAGCCCCCUCCGGUUGUUAUCAGUGUCCCAGAUACCCUCUUGUUGGGCGGUGAAACACCAGCCACUCUCUUCUCAACUCCUGUUUGUCCUGAUGUCACCUUCAUUCUUCACGAUGGGCACCAGAUCUUCGCUCACAGAGUGUACUUGGCCACUUCCUGCUCCAAGUUCUACGACCUGUUCAGUAUAGACUUAAUGCAAGAGCCUUGCGUGGAUGGAGAGACAGACGCAGAUGAUACGGGAAAGAGAACACACAGAAAAGAGCAGGCAGGUAACGCCAAGACCCUCAGAGUGGAUGACAGUAUUUUUGGGAAGAACACAUCAGUAUCACUGAGAACUUCAAAUAGCAAUGAGACUGGGAACCUGACAGAGCAUGAGAGAAUGAUCCAAGUGGCCUUAAAGCAGGGAAAGCAGCUCAGCAAGUGGGCAAGGGGCUUUCUGACCAUUCAUUUGGAUUAUAUCAAAGAUCCGGUGACUGGAAGAGAUCGAUAUAUGACUGUUGUAACCAUGGACUACCUGAUCCAGAAACAGCCGUUCCAGAUUGUACUCGAAUAUCUGUACACGGGCUACUUGAAUGAGAACCAAGUGGAUCUAAUCGAGGUUGCUGUCAUUGCUGAGAUCUUGGAAGUAUUUGAUUUGAGGAUGAUGGUGGCUAAUGUACUGAAUAACGAGAGUUUUAUGAACCAGGAAAUCACAAAAGCCUUCCACGUGCGACGUGCCAACAGGAUCAAAGAGUUCCUCUUAAAGGGGACCUUUGCAGAUGUUGUCUUUGAAGUGGAGAAUGAACACAUUCCCGCCCACAAACCCUUCCUGAUGUCGAGCUGUGAUUGGAUGGCUGCAAUGUUUCGUGGUUCAUUCCUGGAAAGUUACAUCGAUAAGGUCCCCAUUCCUGGGUGCAGCAGUAGCUGCCUGCGAGUGGUUCUGGAUUUCCUAUACACUGGCCGGCUGGGAGUGAACCACCAGGCGGAUACGAUGGAACUGAUCGCACUUGCAGAUCGUCUGUGUCUGUGUGACCUUGUCGCACUGACAGAGAAGUCUGCAGUGGAGGAACUGGUACAGAUUUCCAGGCAGGGAACUGACAUUGAUGGUUUAGUCUUACAGUACCUGGACAAGGCCCAGUUGCACAGUGCCCGACAGCUUGCUGACUGGUGUCUCCAUCAUAUCUGUACAAACUACAACAACAUCUGCCGCAAGUUCCCGAAGGAGAUGAGACACAUGUCUCCAGAUAAGCAGCAGCACUUUGAGAAGUGCCGCUGGCCCCCAGUCUGGUACCUAAAGGCUGAGGAUCGUUAUCACCGAGCACUGAGAGAACGCCAACGUGAACAGGAACUCCUGCAGAAACAGAGGCUCCGGAGAAAGUGGAACUUCUGGAGAUCCAGCUCCACCACUCGCUCUUAGAGAGUUUGAACCCCUGAGCUCGUCCCUCCCAUUUACACACUGAAUGGUCAGGCUCCCAGCAGCUCCCAGCUGACCGGCGAUGAUGGAGAGAGUGUGUCAGAACAGAGUGUGCUCUAGAAUGUUCCAUGCAUUUCCACCAGCUGCAAGUUAAGGGCUAUACAUUUUGCUGAAGUCAUUUUCAGGGCCAUGGUCUCCUGAGGCCUGGACAACGGAUUGAGUCCAUGUGCGGAACUGGAGUUCUGUUCUCAAUGAUCCCUGAUUUAUUAACCUCAGACCUCACACACUGUACACCUCAAUCGCCUGUUAACCGACUGACUCACACCGCGUGUGCCUCACUGCGACCGAUCAACUGUUCACCGAAACCUGUAACUACAAUUCCCCUUUCCUUCCAGAACCUUCCCCCAGUAAUCGACAUUAUCAACAGCACAAGGAGAUAGUUAAUGACAAGCACGAGAACAAUCUCACCGUCCCCGGACACGACCCAUUGUCCUGGGCACAGCCCACUGACCGGGGUCACUGCCCGGGGUCACUGUAUGGGGUCACUGACUGGGGUCACUGUCUGGUGUCACUGUCCAGGGGUCACUGUCCGGGGUCACUGCCCGGGAUCACUGCCCGGGGUCACUGCCUGGGGUCACUGGCCGGGGUCACUGUCCGGUGUCACUGCCCGGGAUCACUGCCCGGGGUCACUGGCCGGGGUCACUGUCCGGUGUCACUGCCCGGGAUCACUGCCCGGGGUCACUGCCUGGGGUCACUGGCCGGGGUCACUGUCCGGUGUCACUGCCCGGGGUCACUGGCCGGGGUCACUGUCCAGGGGUCACUGCCCGGGGUCACUGUAUGGGGUCACUGACUGGGGUCACUGUCUGGUGUCACUGUCCAGGGGUCACUGUCCGGGGUCACUGCCCGGGAUCACUGCCCGGGGUCACUGCCUGGGGUCACUGGCCGGGGUCACUGUCCGGUGUCACUGGCCGGGGUCACUGUCCAGGGUCACUGGUCAGGGUCACUGGUCGGGGUCACUGCCCGGGGUCACUGUCCAGGGGUCACUGCCCGGAGUCACUGUAUGGGGUCACUGACCGGGGUCACUGUCCGGGGUCACUGUAUGGGGUCACUGUCCAGGGGUCACUGCCCGGAGUCACUGCCCGGAGUCACUGCCCGGGGUCACUGUAUGGGGUCACUGUCCAGGGGUCACUGUCCGGGGUCACUGUAUGGGGUCACUGACCGGGGUCACUGUCCGGGGUCACUGUCCAGGAGUCACUGCCUGGGGUCACUGCCCAGGGUCACUGUCGUAGGUCACUGUCCACUGCCCAGGGUCACUGUCCGAGGUCACUGUCAUAGGUCACUGUCCACUGCCCGGGGUCGCUGUCCGGGGUCACUGCCCAGGGUCACUGUCCGAGGUCACUGUCGUAGGUCACUGUCCACGGCCCGGGGUCUCUGUCCGGGGUCACUGCCUGGAGUCACUGCCCGGUGUCACUGACCACUGUCCAAGGUCACUGUCUGGGGUCACUGUCCGGGGUCACUGUCCGGGGUCACUGUCCAGUGUCACUGACCGGGGUCACCGUCCAGUGUCACUGUCCAAGGUCACUGUCCGGGCUCACUGUGCGGGGUCACUGCCCGGGGUCACUGUCCGGGGUCACUGCCCAGGGUCACUGUCCGGGAUCACUGACCGGGGUCACUGUCCGGGGUCACUGCCUGGGGUCACUGUCCGGGGUCACUGUCCGGUGUCACUGACCGGGGUCACUGUCCGGCGUCACUGUCCGGGGUCACUGUCCGGGUUCACUGUCCGGGUUCACUGUCCGGGGUCACUGUCCGGGGUCACUGUCCGGGGUCACUGACCGGGUUCACUGUCCGGGGUCACUGUCCGGGUUCACUGUCCGGGGUCACUGUCCGGGGUCACUGUCCGGGGUCACUGUCCGGGGUCACUGCCCGGUGUCACUGACCGGGGUCACUGUCCGGGGUCACUGUCCGGGGUCACUGACCGGGGUCACUGUCCGGUGUCACUGUCCAGUGUCACUGCCUGGGGUCACUGCCCGGUGUCACUGACCACUGUCCAAGGUCACUGUCCGGGGUCACUGACCGGGGUCACUGUCCAGUGUGACUGUCCGGGGUCACUGUCCCGGGUCACUGACCGGGGUCACUGUCCAGUGUGACUGUCCGGGGUCACUGUCCAGGGUCACUGACCGGGGUCACUGUCCAGUGUCACUGUCCGGGGCCACUGUCCGGGUUCACUGUCCGGGGUCACUGCCCAGGGUCACUGACCACUGUCCAAGGUCACUGCCCGGGGUCACUGUCCAGGGUCACUGUCCGGGGUCACUGUCUGGGGUCACUGUCCGGGGUCACUGUCCACUGCCUGGGGUCACUGUCCGGGGUCACUGUCCGGUGUCACUGCUUGGGGUCACUGUCUGGGGUCACUGUCCACUGUCUGGGGUCACUGUCCGGAGUCACUGUCCGGUGUCACUGCUUGGGGUCACUAUCUGGGGUCACUGUCCACUGUCUGGGGUCACUGUCCGAGGUCACUCCCUGGGGUCACUGCCCGAGGUCACUGUCCGAUGUCACUGUCCGGGGUCACUGUCCACUGUCUAGGGUCACUAACCAGGGUCACUGCCUACUGUCUGGGUUCACUGCCCGAGGUCACUGCCUGGGGUCACUCUCCGGAGUCACUGCCCGGGGUCACUGCCCGGGUCACUGCCCGGGGUCACUCUCCUGGGUCACUGCCCGGGGUCACUGCCCACUGCUUGGGGUCACUGUCCGAGGUUACUGACCAGGGUCACUGCCCAUUGCCCGGGGUCACUGCCCACUGUCUGAGGUCACUGACCAGGGUCACUGCCCACUGCCCGGGGUCACUGCCUACUGCCAGGGUCACUGCCCACUGCCGGGGUCACUGACCAGGGUCACUGACCAGGGUCACUGCCUACUGUCCGGGGUCACUGCCCGCUGCCCAGGGUCACUGACCAGGGUCACUGUCCAUUGUCCGGGAUCACUGUCCGAGAUCACUGCCCACUGACCUGGGUCACUGCUCACUGUCCGAGGCCACUGACCAGGGUCACUGCCUUCUGUCCGGGGUCACUGCCCACAGCCCAGGGUCACUGACCAGGGUCACUGCCCACUGCCCGGGGUCACUGACCGGGGUCACUGCCCACAGCCCGGGGUCACUGCCCGGGGUCACUGCCCACAGCCCGGGGUCACUGACCGGGGUCACUGCCCACUGACCAGGGUCACUGCCCACAGCCCGGGGUCACUGACCGGGGUCACUGCCCACUGCCCGGGGUCACUGCCCACAGCCCGGGGUCACUGACCAGGGUCACUGCCCACUGCCCGGGGUCACUGCCCACUGCCCGGAGUCACUGAUCAGGGUCACUGCCCACUGCCUGGGGUCACUGACCAGGGUCAGUGCCCACUGUCUGGGGUCACUGCCCGGGGUCACGGCCUGACCCUCCAUCCCCACCCCAUCGUCUCUUUCAGAAGGGACUGUUCUCUUGCUAAACCUGAUCCAAUUCCUGCCUUAUCUAUAAUUUCUUCCAAUGUUAAUGUUUACACGUGUGUGUAUGUUCACACAAUUACAAUAAACCA